CUGGAUUCCUACGAGCACCCCCCUCCCCUCACCCACUCGCCGCGCGAAUCCACUGCAGCGAGCACCCCCAUCACCACGCCCAUCGAGCAGCCCUCAUCGCCGCAAUUUGGCCGCGUCAAAAAGGACCCCAACGCUAGCCUCGCCAGCCUCUGGCACCGCAAGCCCCAGGAGCUUGUGGCCAGCCGCCACCCCGACUCGGGUCUGCUGUUCGAGGACGCCGGCGACUGCAGUUUUUCGCUGUUCCCCGAGGAGCCCCACGUCCACAGCGGCGGCUUCGCAGACAUGGCCACAGCCUCGCCCAUCGACAUCCAGACGCCCCCGCGCUAUGGCUCAAACUCACCCCCAAACCAGACGUCCAACCUGACGUCGGCCCUCAAGCAGGCCGAGGCCCAGCCCGACCUGGCCACCACGCCCAGUCUGCUCAACCCCGCCAACUUUGAAUUCAACACGCACAACGCCCACAACGCCCGCCCCAGCAUCAGCGAUCGCCACCCCUCCAUCAGCAUGCUCGGCUCGUCGUUUUACGGCAACAGCGCCGCCCGCCCCAUCACCAUGAAGGACCGCGGCCGUCGCGAGAGCACAAACAUGGGCAGUUUCGCGGGUGGCAUGAGCUGGGGUGGCCACUCGGUCGGAUCGUGGAUUCGCGAUGACAUCAUGAUGGGCACCUCACCCGCUCCCUUUGCCAACAACUCGCCCUCGUUCCACUCGUCGUCUUACCUGCCUAAAAUGGAGGCCGCCUUUAUGAAGGACUUUACCUGCUGCGGCCUCACCCUUGCCUCGCUCCACGACCUGCUCCAGCACUUUGAGGAGACGCACGCAAAUGCCCCCGCUGCACGCCCCCAGCAGCCCCCGACAAACGGCUUCACCUCGACGUCGGGCGCUCCAACAAGCUCGAUUGCGCCCAGCCAGACACAGGGCGACCCAUCGUUCAACACACAAAACGGCUUCCAGCCACGCUCGGGCUCAAUGGGCGCACACCGCCCGCGGAUAGGCUCCGUCAGCCGCUCCAAUCUAUCGACUGUCCAAGACAUGGAUUCGCUGGACGACAUGGACAUGGACGACAUCAACUUUGACACGCUGGGCUCCAUUGACGAGCAGCAGCAGCAGCAGCAGCAGCAACAACAGCAACAGCAACAACAGCAACACCCGCAGCAGCAGCAACAACAGCAGCCCAUGCAACAAUUCCCCGUUCAGAACCAGUUCAACCCCAACCAAAACCAACAGUCCAAUCUCAACGUCAACAUGGCCAACAACAUGCAAAACCACCAAGGUAUGCGCACAUCAUCGCCCAACACGCCUUCGGCGUCGCAGCAAUUCAACCUCCCAAAUAACCCCACCGUGUCGUCGGUCAACACACCGACAAUGGGCACCAUGCCCAUGGCCAACCACAACCUAACGUCGCCAGAAUCAUCACACCCGGGCACGCCGGCCGAGCUCGACAUGGACUUUGGCGGCUUCAACCCAAUGAUGGGCAUGGAGAUGAACAUGCCCAUGGGCAUCAACUUUGGCAAUGGCAACGGAAACGGCAACUUUGGCAUGGGCGGCUUCGACAACAACGGCACCAUUGACCAGCCAGGCAAGCGACUCUUCAGCAAGCAAGGCGCCGGCCUCAACCAGGCACAGCUGCAAGCCGCGCUCAAGAACUACCAGCUCAGCGGCAACGACCAAAGCGAAAUGGCCCGCCGGUUACGCGAACAGCAACUGCUCAACGGCGCGAGCAUACCGCAAUUCCCCUUCCCCGAGGAGAUUAAGCCAUUCCGAUGCCCCGUCAUUGGAUGCGAAAAGGCAUACAAGAACCAGAACGGCCUGAAAUACCACAAGCAGCACGGCCACCAGAACCAGCAGCUCAAGGAAAACGACGACGGCACAUUCUCGAUUGUCGAUCCCCUGACGUCGAUCCCCUACCCCGGUACAGUCGGCAUGGAGAAGGAGAAGCCAUAUCGCUGCGAGGUCUGUGGCAAGCGGUACAAGAACCUCAACGGUCUCAAGUACCACCGGUCGCACGCACCCCACUGCAAUCCCGAGCUGGCCAUGCAGAAACUCGGCCUCACGGGCAAUCUGCAGAACCUGCAAAACGCCAAUGUUGCUGGUGCGGGAAUGGGCGGUAUUGAUCCUUCCAUGUUCUAA